CCCUUCGCCUCGAAGCGUUCUGUCCCGAUUUGCAAUAGGCGGAAUCUGAGUGGAGGCUGGAGAAGCAGCGGCUAACUGCAACCCUCGUCGUAGUUCUCACGCAACCUCCGAUUCUCACUCCCUCUGACCCUCUUCCUCACCAUGGCAACCGCAUCUGAGAAAUCUGACCCCAAUAUUCUCGCCCAAGAAAACCCUAAGAAAACCCUAGACCCUACGGUCUCCGCCACCGCCAUAACACUAGAUCAGCACGAAGACCUGCCCAAUGAUACUAAUAUUCAACCUUCUUCUCAAUCUUCGGUACCUGCUGCUGGUUCGGAGACGGGCGAGUCUCGGAAGGACGGAGACGAUUCGAAGAGCGCGGUCGCCACGGUCGGCUCGCCAUCUGGGGAUGACUGUCAAGCUUCCAGUAUUCAGAAGAAGAUUCGCCGAGCCGAGCGGUUUGGUAUAACUUUGCAGCUUACUGAGGAAGAGAAGCGUAAUUCCCGAGCGGAGAGGUUUGGCACUGGGUCACCCUUGCAUGGCUCCGAGACAUUGAAGAAGUCAGAGGAGCACAAGAGAAAGGCUAGAGCUGAGAGGUUUGGGCUUCGUGACUCGUCUGUGGUUACUGAUGAGGAAAUGAAGAAGAAAGCUACUACUGAUGAGGAAGCAAAGGAGAAAGCAACUAUUGAUGUGGAAGCAAAGAAGAAGGCUACGAGUGAUGAGGAAGCAAAGAAGAAAGCUCGGCUUGCCAGGUUUGCACCAGUUUCUAAAACAGAUGCCUUGGAGGAAGAGAAAAGGAAAGCAAGAACAAUCAGGUUUUCAAGCUCUCCAUCAAAUUCCUUGUCCCAAGUGAAUGGUAAAGGAGAUAUGGCACAAAAUGCUGCUAUCACAGGCGAGACUGGAGGAGGGGCUUGAUUUGAAGCAUCCUUUUCAAUGGUUUUAUGAUUUUCCUGUUUUUAAUUCCCUCUUCGGCUUCUACACCAUUCCUUUCUUCUAUCACUAGCAUUUCCAGAUGCAGCAUUUUCCGUUCUUAGACAUGCUUUUUCUAGGAGUUCUAUCAUCCUGGAUUUGGUUUAGCACAGUUUUCCCGGUGAGACCUAGAGUAAUUUAUGACUACCUCCUUCGUGUCAAUUAUCUCAAAGUCUCAGAAGAACAUCAGAAAUUCAAAAGACAAAAGCUACUUAGUAGAUGAUAUUUGACAUUUUAGAUUUUUCAUUUUCCAAUUUACCCUUGACUAAAUUCUCCUCUACUUCAAGAUGUGGCUAGCAUCUGAUAUCUCGUUAUAGUUUUACUUUCGUGAUCAAGUGGCAUGGCAGUACUAAGUUGGUUUCAUGAUUUAAUCAUCAUCUGAUCCAUUAUUGGCAGUGUCAAAAUGUGCUGUAUUGUUUUGAUAUUUAGUUUGAAUGGUUUUGUGGUAGAACUAAUUAAUGUUAGAAUGGGCGUUCUGGAAAAAAAAAAAGAAAAAAAAGAAAAAGAAAAAGUGUCUCAGAUUGAUCUAUUCUGCUUUGCUGAGCUUUUAGAUUUAGGAUUAUUUACAUAUUUGCAGUUUCAUGUGUCUACUCUUGAUGGCUGGACCCAUAGUGUGCACUCAACCUAGAAUGAGAUGUAUAAUUGCUUCUGCUCUGAUAAGAUUAGGAGAAUGGCCUUGCCCAUGGCAUUUGUGAGGCAUGCAUAUUUCAAUGUCUUUGAGCUUCAUUUUGAGUCUGUUUCCACCUUUAAAGAGGAUGAGGACAUGGAAGGAAGGAAUUUUAUUAGUUUUAUAUUAUCUUGCACUUGUUUUUAUUUCCAAAUGAGGUUUUUACUCGUGUCUUAUUUGAUGAUGAUGGUGUAACACUGCGAAUUUUAAUACUGCUAAUCAUGGAUCAGAUCAUAUGAACUCAUCAUUGCUUUAUAUUAAUCCGGUGCAUGCUAUCUCUUCAAGUUCCUGUUGGAUCAGCCUAAGAUUGAAAGGUAUAUGCUACUUAGUGCUGCUGUGCAACGCUUGAUCAUGAGAACCUUUCCCUGAAUGUACUGGUAAUUUGAAAGAUAUAUCUGUCAGACGAAAUGGAAAACCUUGAUGGUGAAUUAGUAAAUUGAGUUCUAUAAGAAUUUCUGAUGUUUCAUUUGCACUUUGAGAUAAUUGCACUCUUUGGAGGUUCUGGUAAAUUUUCUUUGGUCUCACUUCAAGAACUGCACGAUCUGCAAGGUAGGAUUGUGGAAUGAAGACUCUGAUAAGUAGGUGAAAUUUCAUUAGCAUUGUAAUUUUGAAUUUUUAAUGUGAAGCUUUUGAUUGUUGAAACAUUGGAAAAUGCCCUGCUUCUUGGGAAGUUCUUAAUAGGUUUCAAGUAGCAUUAGAUGCCUGUUUCACUAA